AUGAUGUCGCCAAAGUCCUGCGGCCACUACCAUCUGAGUAAGGAGAAAUAUGCUGCAGCUGCAGGUGCAGGUGCUAGUCCGGCUAGUCCGGCAUGCCUCAGAUGUAGUGGUCUGAAGAUUAGCUCCACCCGUCGCGUCAAGCGGAUGGGACACCGCUCUCCUAUCUCUCCUGUCUCUCCUGUCAACAACUUCGCACAUGCGGAUUUGCGACCUUCCAGUAUCAUGUUGCAUCGCGCCAAGUCCAAAGAAAUCGAGAGCGAUGCCUCGUCUUCUUCAUCUAGUCAGCGCUCAUCUUCAAGCUCACCUCCCAGAGCUGACGAAGCUUGGACACCAGAAACCGAUGUCGUGACGGUAUCACCAGAGAAGUUACUCGCCGCCCCGAGCAACUUUGAAACGACAUCAGAUGCGCUGCGCACCGUUAUGGACGUGGAACAAUUCUCAAUCAUACAUUUACCAUUCAUGUUAGGAGAUAGCUUUAUUCCGACAUCCCAGAAGACUGUUUACGUUAUUUUGCAACUAUCCGCCCCCAUCCUGAUCGAUGGAUACCUGGCAUUCCUAGGAGUGAUGUCAAAUUACCAAAAGUCCCUCGUUGUACGGCGGGACGAACCAGAUAUGAAUAAGGCAGCGAAGGGAUUGCAACGUCUGAGAAGUGUGAAAAUCUCACAUGACUACGACGCAGCUUGUGUUCUCUUCCUGGGCCAGACUAUGUACGUGUUCAAUGUACUCACGGCACCGUACUCCCGUACCGCCCACUCUAUCGUCCGGAGCUCCCUCAUCUCAGCCAAACCAUGGCUUCCCAGAUUGGUGCAAGCCCCUAUCAUGGACACAAUAACCAUGUCUCCGAUCUUGAUCGACACAGUCGAGUGUUUAGUACACCGUGAGAUCCCUAUAAUACGACUCGACCCUCAACGUCGUGUCAUCGUCGACCGCUAUCUUGGUCUUUGUGCAACACUUCUACCUCAUUUUUACGACAUCUGCGAGUGUAGCAAUACAUUGAAGAUAACCGCUCCUGAUCCCGGAUCCGAAUCAUACUCAGCUAUUCAUGACCAACUGGAUGUAAUAGAGGAGACGAUUCGACGAUGGCGUCCCCACACCCCUACCGGGCUGUUCGACAGCUACGGGAAGAAUGCGGUUUUAGCAAUGGUGACACAAGCGAAUGUCUAUCGUCUGGCAGGUUUACUAGUCAUCCAUCGCCUAAGAUAUCCGCUAGGAGUCGAAGACGAGGCAGCAGGGAAACUUGCGAAUGGAAUAUUUUCUGAAUUGUCAUUCUUUGCCAAAUCAGCGGUCAAUAUAAAGGAAUCUAGUGCGUUACCUGUGGUGUUUCCUUUGACGAUGGCUAUGAUUGAGAUCGAUGGGCCCGGAGAAGUGUUGAUAGAACGCUUGGCCACCUCAUUUACAGUCCAAAGUGCUAGUUCAUGGCGGCUUCAGGAGUUUGUGAGGGUGGCUAGGGCAUCAAAGGAAUCUGGAUAUCAGGAGAUUUGGUUUGAAUUAGUUGAUGCACAUCUUCGUGUGGCAGUGCCACCAUAG